AUGCCAUCUAUCACCUCAUCCUUGGGGUCAUCAUCAAUGACACCAUCUAUCACUUCAUCCUUAGGGUCAUCAUCAAUGACACCAUCGAUCACUUCAUCCUUAGAGUCAUCUUCAAUGACACCAUCUAUCUCCUCAUCUCUAGGGUCAUCAUCAAUGACACCAUCUAGUACGUCAACCUUAGGGUCAUCAUCAAUGACACCAUCUAUCACUUCAUUCUUGGGGUCGUCAUCAAUGACAACAAUCACUGAUACAACAUCAAUCACACCAUCUACAACUUCAAUGACUGAGACAACGUCUAUAACACCUUCUACAAAUUCAAUUAGUGCAACAUCGUCUAUAAUACCUUCAACAACUUCAAUUUCAACUUCAACUUCAAUUACUGAAACAUCUUCAAUGACAGCAUCUACUACUUCAAUUACUGAGACAACAUCAAUAAUACCAUCUACAACCUCAAUGACUGAAACAAAUUUAAUGACAUCUACAAGUUCAAUAACUGAAUCAACUUCAAUGACACCAUCUUCAACUUCAAUGACUGAAACAUCUUCAAUGACACAAUCUACUUCGUCAAUUACUGAGACAACUUCAAUGACAGCAUCUACUACUUCAAUUACUGAGACAACAUCAAUAAUACCAUCUACAACCUCAAUGACUGAAACAAAUUUAAUGACAUCUACAAGUUCAAUAACUGAAACAACAUCAAUGAUACCAUCUAUCACUUCAUCUCUAGGUUCAUCAUCAAUGACACCAUCUAUCACUUCAUCCUUGGGGUCAUCAUCAAUGAUACCAUCUAUCACUUCAUACAUUGAAACAGCAUCAAUCACACCAUCUAUUACUUCAACCUUAGGGUCAUCAUCAAUGACACCAUCUAGUACUUCAACCUUAGGGUCAUCAUCAAUGACACCAUCUAUCACUUCAUUAUUGGGGUCGUCAUCAAUGACAACAUCUAGCACUUCAUUCUUGGGGUCAUCAUCAAUGACACCAUCGAUCACUUCAUCCUUAGAGUCAUCUUCAAUGACACCAUCUAUCUCCUCAUCUCUAGGGUCAUCAUCAAUGACACCAUCUAUCACUUCAUUCUUGGGGUCGUCAUCAAUGACAACAAUCACUGAUACAACAUCAAUCACACCAUCUACAACUUCAAUGACUGAGACAACGUCUAUAACACCUUCUACAAAUUCAAUUAGUGCAACAUCGUCUAUAAUACCUUCAACAACUUCAAUUUCAACUUCAACUUCAAUUACUGAAACAUCUUCAAUGACACAAUCUACUUCGUCAAUUACUGAGACAACUUCAAUGACAGCAUCUACUACUUCAAUUACUGAGACAACAUCAAUAAUACCAUCUACAACCUCAAUGACUGAAACAAAUUUAAUGACAUCUACAAGUUCAAUAACUGAAUCAACUUCAAUGACACCAUCUGCAACUUCAAUGACUGAAACAUCUUCAAUGACACAAUCUACUUCGUUCAUCAUCAAUGACACCAUCUAUCACUUCAUCCUUGGGGUCAUCAUCAAUGAUACCAUCUAUCACUUCAUACAUUGA